AUGGAAGAACACACCAAUGCCCUUGCAUUGAUUUGUAGAAUUUGUGGGCAGAUCACCACAUCUUCUAAAAACAAGUCCAAGUUAGCAAAGUACAAGAGGGAGCUGUUUGCGAUCUACAACCUGGAUGUGGGUGAAGACCAGGUGGACAUCCAUCCGUCAAUUAUGUGCAACAAAUGCAGAGGAAGCAUGCAGCGGGCACAUAGUUCUAUGCGACGUGGCAAGCCUUUUGGAGGAAUUCUUCCACAGAUCAAGACAUUCCAACCCCAUACUUAUUCUUCUUGUUCCGUGUGCAGAGGUCAUGCAACACAUAAAUCACUACUUCGCCCCCAGUUUGCCGUAGCUGGCCCCUCCACUUCCACCAGUGCACCCCCAGAGCUGCAAGCUGGCCCCUCCAUAUCCACCAGUGUACCCCAAGAGCUGCAAGCUGGCCCGUCCACAUCCACCAGUGCACCCCCAGAGCUGCAACAAGCAGGCAGCUCAACUGCACCAAUGCCUCUUCCUCAACCAAGCCUGUCUACUGCCACAAAGGCUCCUCUCAAAGAUACAGCUCCAGACCAUGCAACCCGAGGAAAGAAACGGAUGUUGAGUGUGAAGGCCAAUUUGAAGGAUGUCAGGCGGGAUCAUGCCCGUAAGCGGACGAAAGAGGCAUCGUCCUUCAUUAGUGGCUUCUGUGGUAGGCAGAAGGAGAACCAGCUUGAUCUUCUUUUCUUUCUGCUCGCUGAAAACCUUCGAGAAUCUUGCGACUCAAGAUAUAAAGAGGUUUUUACAUCCUGGAAGCAGGAAACAACAAAACCACACCAUACACCAGUCUGCAGUAGGGGGUCUGGCGAUGAGGGUCACGACAAAGACAUCAACGGUGCGCCACCAGCUCCAGUAUCAAAGGCUGAAGUCCAAAGGAAUUAACAUCCUCAAGCCACAUUUGCCAGGGCAGACCGGGGGCAGACCAAAAGCAGGACUAAAAGCAGACUUGGGGUAAAUCGAUCAGUAUGAAAAGGCCAGCUGUUUAUCUCCUGGAGCAACUCCGGGGAACAGGGUAGUGUGAAAAGGGAUAUAAUUAUUUUAUGAGAAUGAUGAUGCUGUGUACUCAUACAGAUUGAUUGAUGAUUUGACAGAGAAGGAAGCUUUGAAUGUGUUUUAGUUGCCGAAGUUUUAUAUACAUAGGAUAACAUGAAAAAAUGGCAUUUCAAUUGACAAUGUCAGCAUUCUGUAACUAUCUUGUUUUUACAUUGGUUGUUUAAAUAUUGAACCCCCUUACCACAUAUAAAAGUGAUAUGUAAGAUAUCUCCCUUGUUUUACAUGUAUGGACAGGAGUAACCAUUCAGUUACUUGAGUAACAAAUUAAAGUAUCUACUGAAGUGCAGAGCAAAGUAACUGACAUCAUACAAUUGUCCCACCCUGUGACUGGAUCCAUGGUGUUAAGUACAUCAAAGGGGCGGAUGCCAUUUGCCCCCUGAGCUGAGAGUGUACAAAACCCAUGGACCCGGUCACAACAUUUUAAAUUGUUAGGUAAACAAAUUAAAGCUUGAAUAUUUAAUUAACUUGAUCAAACGUUUUUUCAAGGAGUUUCAUGUUGUUGUAGUUUUUAGAUUUUUAGUAGUUGAUGUUCCAGUUUGUUGAUCAUAUUUAAUCAUGUUUAGCAUAUUUUAUUCACGUUAAUCAUUUUUUACCGUUAAAGGGCAUAUAACUUACUAGUAACUGUUAUCUUUCUUUCCAUGACGGGUUAAAUUGUGUGGAUUAAUUAUCAAACUCUGCCGAUAAAAACUUAUUUGCCAUUGCUACCGGAUGUGAUCAUUUUGGACAGUAAUAAACUUCCUAUGCAAAGCUACAGCCAAAGCAAUUUGUUUACUAUUUUGUUUAUUUUCUUUAAAAAGAAUAAACUGUGCAUUUGCCUUCGGGUUUUACCAUAAAUAAAAUACAAUUGAGAAAAUAAAACGGAUGCAGUGAAUAUUGUGCAAACUUACUCCACCAUAACUCUGGAACCCCUUGACUGUUUUUAUCCAUUCCAAUGUCUAACGACUUACAGUUGUCCAACUUUUUGAAAUGGACCAAACAAAGACUGGAGCAAGCAGUUUGAAGUUUUCCAUUUCUGUCCCUUACAUGCCUAAGAUGCAACAGCAGUUGUUUAGUUGCACUCGCGAUCAUUUUUUGAGCUUCAAUUGGAGAAACUUCCCUCCAAAGUCUUUGGACACUCAAGAGGUUUGAGGUUUUCCACUGAUGCAUUUUGGGUAGUGGAUGUAAAUCAACGACCACCUUAAAAAGCGCUUAUAGCGGGUGUACACAGUAUGAGCAAUGCAACUUCGAAUGGGUUAAAGAAUGGUUUUGUAGGUAUAACACAAUGUUUGUGGCUUUUAAGUGUCAUGCUUAAAUGAAAUGAUAACAAAAGUAAUGUUUAAUAAAUUCAUAAAAGAAAAGUUUAAUGUCAUUUUAGGUAACGGCAAUCAUUGGGUAAUGUGAUUGGGUUGUUGGUGCCGACAGAGUUAGCAUAAAACCUUGCUUGGU